CUGCUCCAUAAACGCUUGCUUAAGAAUCCCUUGGCAGCUCCACAUGUAGCUUUAAAUACUGAUUUGACAGAUCACGUUUUACUCUCAGGCACUGAGAAAAUAGCAACCUCUGCCUGCGCUGCUGUGUAACGCCUGUAUCAGAGCAACAAGUACAUCCCUGAGCCUACACACACACGAUGGGGACCAGAGCAGGAACGUUUAUUUCUACCUUUGUAUUUGCGUCAUGGGUGAUAUUAAUCUCAGGAACAGAGCAACACUUAAGCUCAAAAGAGAUUACAAUACCAUUUGAAGAGCCUGAUUUGGACACAUGGAUGGAAAAGAGAGAUACCGACGCUUUCCUGCCUGCUGACACACCGGAUGGCUUUGUAGAACUCAAACCUGAAGCGAACGCUUCUGACCUUCCAACAUGUCUGCUGUGUGUGUGUCUGACGGGAUCGGUGUACUGCGAGGAAGUCGACCCUGAUAUGACAUCAGUGCCGGCUCUUCCUAAAGAGACAGCCUAUCUAUAUGCUCGUUACAACAAGAUAAAAAAGAUUACUGCGAAAGACUUCGGAGAUAUUGUUACACUGAAAAGAAUAGAUCUGACUGGAAACUUAAUUUCGGAGAUUGAGGACGGAGCCUUCAUGAAGCUGACGUUGUUGGAGGAGCUCUCCCUCGCUGAGAACCGGCUUGUGAAGCUGCCAAUGUUACCACCCAAGCUCAUGUCAUUUAAUGCCAAUCACAACCGCCUCAAGACCAAAGGAGUAAAAGUCAACGCUUUCAAGAAAUUAACCAAUCUCAGAAAUUUAUAUCUUGCCCACAAUGAGUUGGAGGCAGUCCCAAUAAUUCCAGAGAGUGUGCGCAUUUUUCAUAUUCAGAACAACAACAUAACUGUUGUUACUACUGACACCUUCUGCAAACGCAACAACAGCUACUACAUCCGGCCCAACAUUAAUGAGAUCAGGAUGGAUGGAAACCCGGUGAUCCUUGCAAAGGACCCCAACGUGUUCAUCUGUCUGCAGUCCUUGCCAAUUGGACGGUACCACUGAAAGCCCCUUAAAAAACCCACAAAUCUCUAAAAGUGCCUCAAACAAAAACAACUAUGGACUGAAAGGUGUUUCAUGUCCAGUUUGCCACCUUGCAAAAGCAGGGUAUGUGAAUUGUUGAUUACUAUGUUAUGUGAGUACUGAAAUUCCCUCUUGAACUCUGUGGCUUAAAUGUAAUUGUUAAAUGUAAUAUAUAUAUAAAACAAUUCUGUUGAAAGCUGCAUAGUAAUUUACGGUUUCCAUAAAACCGAACACUUGCAGCAUUACAAAAAUUAUGUGAACUGCUUUCACUUCUACUGUUUAAGAAGUCUGCCAAGUUAAUUAAGUUAAGCAUUCAUUCCAUAUGUACAUGCGUCUACAAGGAUGUAGUCACUCUAUCUUGAUAGAACUGAACUAUUUAUGUGAUUGCUACCUAUGUGAGAAUCAAGUAGGCUGUACAGUUAUACAUGAUAUUAAAAUAUUAUGCUAUAUGUUUUCCAUA